UGUCUCGGGGCGCGUCUCGGGCGGUUUUCCCGUCGGUUUGCACACUGUCUGUGAUGGCGGCGCCGCCGGUGGCGGCUGAGGGAAGCUUGAGUGUGGGCGCGCUAGUUAUGUCAGUUCCCUACAGCACUGGCCGGUCUCCCGAGGCCGAAGGAGGAGCUGGGGCCGCGGGCGAAGAGAAGGACCCAGCCACUAAAGGGACGGAGGCGGUUGGGGACAGCGAGGAGGAUGGGGAGGACGUGUUCGAGGUGGAGAAGAUCCUGGACAUGAAGUGCGAGGGAGGUAAGAACCUUUAUAAAGUUCGAUGGAAAGGAUAUACAUCUGAUGAUGACACCUGGGAGCCUGAGAUUCAUCUGGAGGACUGUAAAGAAGUUCUUCUUGAAUUUAGGAAGAAGGUUGCCGAGAGCAAAGCUAAAACAGUCAGGAAAGAUAUUCAGAGACUGUCUAUAAACAGUGACAUAUUUGAGGCAGACUAUGAUAGUGACCAGCAAAGUGACGCAAUAGAAGAUACUUCACCAAGGAAGAAAAAGAAAAAAAUAAAGUGCAAAGAAGAGAAAAGUCCAGAUGAUCUGAACAAAAAAAAAGCAAAAAUUGGGAAAGUGAAAGAUAAAUUUAAAUCAGAGCUGGAGAGCACCUCUGAAAAUUUAGGUUUUGAUGGAAGGACAAAGAAAAGAAUUUUGGAAAUCAAGGAAGAAUUAAAGGACACCAAAAAGCCCAAAAAGGAUGAAUUAAAGAAAGCUAAAAGGGCUGAAAUACGAGAUCUAAAGCUUAAAAUAAGAGAAGAUCUCAAAGACAACCGAAAAAUGAAGAAAGAGAGAUGUGAAUCUCUGCUGGGGUCUGAAUCGCCUGUACUUACUGAUUCCCUCUUCCCAGAGGGUGACAGUGAAAUAAUCUUUUCUGACAACAGAGAAGAGAAUCAAAAGAUAAGAACUGCAAAAGACAAGACAGUACAGGAUACAGUGCAAGAGGGUAUUUUUGAGAAACAUCUGGAUGACCUUGUAAGUACUGAAGAGGAUGCUGGUGCCCCAGUUAAAAGGAAGAAGAAGAAGCCAAGGAAAUUUGAGGAACCAAAAGAGAUCAUCAAACUAGAAAGUGUGAGCACCUAUUUAGGAAGGAAAAUGAUACUUAAAAAGCAAAGAAAUCAAGACAAAGGCAGAAAUAACCUAGAGUUGAAUGAGUUGCCAUCACCCACGUCUGCCCAAACCCUGAGGAACUCCCGACUGAGUGGGGAAGAGAAGGGCCUCAGGCCCUCUGACUCAGCACAGGAGGAGAAAGAGACCAAAAAAAUUGAACCCAAAGAAAAAUACCAGAAAAGGUAUGAUUUGGACAAAGAAGAAAAAGACAGAAAAGAGCCAAAGGGAUUAAAAUCACUUAAGGAAAUCAGAAGUGCAUUUGAUUUAUUUAAAAAAACAACAGAAGAUAAAAACGAUGUUGUUGAGAAUAAUUGGAAAAGAGAAGAAAUAGCAGUGGAUGGUAAAACCAGAGGUGGCCACAAACCCACGGAGGACACAUGCUCACUUCAAGACAAGCCAGAGGGUAGAGGCGAGACCGACACCUGGGCGCACUUCGCUGCGGAAGGGGAUCAAGAAGUUUCAGACAGUGCCUGCCAAAUGGAUGAGAAUUCUGACGGCAGGCAGCAGAUUUUGAAUUUGGGUAUGGACCUACAGUUGGAGUGGAUGAAAAUAGAAGAUUUCCAAAAGCAUCUUGAUGGAGAAGAUGAGACCUUGAGCACAACAAAUAAGAUUACAAGUAAUAUGUUGAGGGAUGCUGUGAAAAAUGGAGAUUAUAUUGCUGUGAAGGUCGCACUGAACUCAAAUGAAGAAUAUAACUUGGAUCAAGAGGACUCUAGUGGGAUGACACUGGUGAUGUUGGCUGCAGCAGGGGGGCAGGACGACCUCCUGAGACUCCUUAUCACCAAAGGUGCAAAAGUGAAUGGGCGCCAGAGAAACGGGACCACAGCCCUCAUUCAUGCUGCUGAGAAGAACUUUCUAACCACUGUGGCUAUUCUUUUGGAAGCUGGAGCUUUCGUAAAUGCUCAGCAAAGCAAUGGUGAGACUGCACUCAUGAAAGCAUGCAAAAGAGGAAAUUCAGACAUUGUGAGCCUUGUGAUUGAAUGGGGAGCGGACUGCAACAUUUUGUCAAAACACCAAAAUAGUGCAUUAUACUUUGCAAAACAGUGUAACAAUGUGCUUGUCUAUGAACUGCUGAAGAGCCACUUGGAGACACUGUCCAGAGUUGCAGAAGAAACGAUCAAGGACUAUUUUGAAUCUCGCCUUGCUCUAUUGGAACCUGUUUUCCCAAUAGCAUGUCACCGGCUCUGUGAAGGGCCAGAUUUCUCAACAGAUUUCAAUUACAAGCCCCCUCAGAACAUACCAGAAGGCUCUGGUGUCCUGCUCUUUAUUUUCCAUGCAAACUUUUUGGGUAAAGAAGUUAUUGCUCGGCUCUGCGGUCCAUGCAGUGUACAAGCUGUAGUUUUAAAUGAUAAAUUUCAACUACCUGUAUUUCUGGAUAGUCACUUUGUUUACUCAUUCAGCCCUGUUGCCGGCCCCAAUAAGCUGUUUAUAAGGUUGACCGAAGCACCCUUUGCCAAGGUUAAAUUGCUAAUAGGUGCAUACAGAGUGCAGCUGAACUGACCAAAGGAGAGAGACCAGGCCUAAUUGUUCAUAUGUAGAUUUACCUGUAAACUUGCAAUUUAAGCCUGUUGCCUAUUAAAAGUACAACAGGGCUUUACCAUAGUCUACAUGUAAGUAUUUGUGCCAUUGUUCAAAAUGUUCAAUGUUCUGCAUAGUAUAUUUCCACAAUGUGGAACUAGUAAAGAAAUUAAAAACUUUUGAACUUGAAAUUUUCUUUGUGAGUUUGUGUCUUUGAAAAACAAAGUGACUAAGAAAUUCAGGGUGGGCCAUGGUGGCUCCUACUUGUAACUUUAAAAUCUAGGAGGCUAUGAAUUCAAGACAUGAGCAUUUUCCA